AUGAACUCCAACAGGAACGAUAACAGAGCUGUUUCUGUUAGGGCUGACGGUAAGGGUAAAGGACUUACCUAUAAAGACGCUGGUGUUGACAUUAAUGUCGGUUCUGAACUUGUAAGGAGAAUAGCUAAGAUGGCGCCUCGGAUUGGAGGCUUCGGUGGUUUAUUCCCCCUCGGUGAUUCGUAUCUCGUUGCUGGUACUGAUGGUGUGGGGACGAAGUUGAUGCUUGCUUUUGAAACUGGCAUUCAUGAUACUAUUGGGAUUGAUCUGGUUGCAAUGAGCGUCAAUGAAAUUGUUACUUCGGGGGCCAAGCCUUUAUUUUUCCUUGACUAUUUUGCUACCGGCCCUACCGGCCAUCUUGAUGUGGAUGUUGCUGAACAGGUUAUAAAAGGAAUUGUCAAUGGUUGUAAGCAAUCUGAUUGUGCUCUUCUAGGUGGAGAGACUGCAGAGAUGCCUGGUCCAUAUAAAGAAGGCGAGUAUGAUCUCAGCGGCUGUGCUGUUGGCACUGUAAAGAAGGAGAAUGUAAUCAAUGGGAAGAACAUUGCCGUUGGUGACAUUAUUAUUGGUUUGCCAUCUAGUGGAGUUUAUUCUAAUGGCUUCUAA